AUGAAUGAUAAAAAAAACCAGCACAUCGAAGUAAAAACUGAUCAAGGAGAACGUGAAAUUUGUGAUGGACCUUUGGAAGCAUAUGACAACGGGAGUCCUGGAAGUGACAGUAGCACCGUAGUGACCCUCAAUAGCGAAGUGACGGAACUGGAUGAUUGUAGCGAAGGCAAUCAGCCAAAAGCAGCCGAAAAUGAAAAAAUAAAAACUCCGUCUGCAAAAUUUCAACAGGGUGCUGCAAAGCUAUCAGGAUGGCCAGUAAGUUUAUAUUAG